UCAGCGGCAGUACGUGAAGGCAACGUCGUAACUGCAAGCGUUAUAGGACGGUUGGAGAGACGGAUGGUUAGGGCCGUCCCCGGCUCAAUCCUGAACAUGAAAGAGGAACUGGGUCAGACCCGGUUAUAGUACCAAGCCAGGUUACGCUUUCAUUUAUCUGCUGUUACUCUUAAAGAUCUCCAGUAACGAAAAUGGAAGACGACUACGUGUGUGAGUACGACUCGACAUGGGACACAGAGAGUGAUGGAGACGACCCGGCCGGAGAGAGCCAGAGCUGUCGGUCAUAUCCAGACAAAAACAAGUCUUCCUGGACUAUAUGGCAUCACACGCCUAGAAAUAUGAGGGCAGCAAAAGACAUGCAGAACUACAGAAGAGGCUAUCCUAAUCUAACAGAUGAGUGCUCAGAGGACAAAAUGAGUAACCUACAGUUCUAUCUAAAUAAGGUUCCAUCUGCUCCCGAUGAAAUCUAUAUUGAGCCCUUUCUUAAAGAAUGGAAAAAUGACUACAAAAAAUUGGAGAGGGUUCACUCUUACAUCCAGUGGUUGUUUCCACUGCGAGAACCAGGGGUUAAUUAUAUGGCUGCAGAACUCACCAAGAAGGAAAUUGAAGCUUUCAAGAUGAAUAAGGAUGCCCAAAGGAGACUUGUGGAGGCUUAUGAACUAAUGUUGGGCUUCUACGGCAUACGUUUGGUCGACAAAAAGACCGGUGAAGUGAAGCGUGCAGAAAAUUGGAAGGAACGUUUUGGAAACCUAGAGAGGAAUAUGCACAACAACCUCCGGAUAACUCGCAUCCUGAAAAGCCUCGGAGAGCUUGGCUUCAGGCACUUCCAGGCUCCGCUUGUGCGCUUCUUUCUGGAAGAGACUCUGGUGAAGAAGACGAUGAGCAACGUGAAGCGCAGUGUGCUUGACUACUUCCUGUUUGCCGUGCUGGACAAGCAUGAACGCCAGAAGCUUGUGCGGUUUGCUUACCUUCACUAUGAGCCGAAGGAAAAGUUUGUGUGGUGUCCUCGAAAGAUCCAGAAACAGUUCAGAAAGGCCACCAAAAACUCAGAGGUCGUUGGGAAAGAUGAAGUCUCAUUACACGGUAAAAGCAAAGACGGAGAAGGGACAGCAAUGGAGCAGAAAGAAGAUGGGAUGAAUAGUAUGGCCAAGACUCCGAAAGGAAAUGAUAAAAAUAAAGAGCAAAGCAAGCAGCCUGAGGAGUCUCCUGAGCCACCAGUGGAAACCGAGUCUGUCGGAAAUGGAAAUGUGGAGAUCUGUGGAGAGUCUAAUAUUGGAAAUACGAGCAAUGGCAAUGAAUCACCAGAUAUGGAUCGGUCCCCCAGUCUAGACACUGAGACUACAAAGCAUGAGGCCACUACAGACAAUGAGCAGAACUCUACCAGCGUCUCUGAGGACGCCAGUGAAAAACUGGACGAUAUGCAAAUGGACAAAAAAACUGAAAAUCCUCCAAAAAAGAAAAGAGAGGACGACGAGGUCCCACCAAACAACCAUCUGGCUGAGGACGACCCUGCUGCUGCUGGUGCUGCUGGUGCUGUUGGCCACAUGGAGGAAAAGGCUGCUGCUAAUAAAGCUGCAGGUCAAACUAGCCCAUCAGUGCAUACUCCUCUAAAGACCUCAACACACUCACCCUCUUUAUCUUCUGAAAGGGAGGAAAAGAUCCCAAGGACUGAUUUUACUCAACCGCUGGAUAAAAAAGAAGAAAUGUCGCACGAAAAUAUUCCAGCUUCAAACAGGAUGCCAAGCAGCAAAGAUGUAGAAGAACAGAGGAACGGGAUGCAGUCGGAGGUUAUUCUUAUGGAAUUAACCCCCUCAAGCUUAGAUCACAAUGAGGGAGCCUCAUGAAUAAGUAGUGGGGAAAAAAAACGAAAAUCAUAUAAACUUAGUCAUAUUCUGCCCUUAUAACACAUUAAAUCUAACAUUUUGUAGGCCCUAUUUUUACUAUAUUUGAUGUUAAGAUAAUAUUCAUUCUUUUCACUUUAACUGAGUUAAGGUACUCAGUAUUUGGGUUUCUUAAAGACUAAAAAUACCAAAAGCAGCAAUAUGUUACUUAGACGCCAUAAUUUAAGGCUUAACCACCCUGUUUCUGACUACAACAUGAAACGAAAACGGUUCUCCACUGCUGAGUUUGACAGCUGUAAUGAAGAGAAAUCAUUAAAUGGGAAUAUUUUUAUCAGCAGAAUAAGGUCAUGGUUUAACUUCAAUUUCAGCUUAUGGGUUGACUAGAUUCAUUGCUUAUUUUGCAUUUUCUUUGACUAUGUUAAUCUACUGAACACAGAAUUUUACCAAAUACAGGUUCAUCUCAGCAAAUUUAAAUAUUAUGUACAAGUUAAUUUAUUUUAGUUCAAAGUGAAACUUACAUAGAUGCUUUAUACACUGGUUUAAUAUACUCCAUUUUUUUUAUUCUAUUUUGAUGGUUAGGGCUUACAUCUAAUAAAAUCCAAAGUCAAGUUUCUUAAAAAAUUUUAAUAAAAAAACGAUUUGUAACAUGUACUGUACAGUAUAUCCACUCAAAACUUGGUCAGGCUUCCCUGUAUUUGAGGUGCUGAAUCAGUCCACGUUUUCAUGGGGGUCAGAAAAUUUGGUUAGAACAUAAGACCAAAUAAAGCAGGUCUUAAGCAUAAAUGGUUUUUUAUGAUCUGCACAACCAUAGGGAAGACUGCUGACUCGAACAGACAGUCAUUAACACCCGCUACAGAGAGUCAAAAGGUCAUAACUAAAGAAGCUGGCUGCUGUAUCCAAGCAUAUUGUUGGAAACUUGAGUGGAAGGAAAAAGUAUGAUAGAUGGUUUACAGGCAACAGGGAUACCUGUAGCUUGCUUGCUCUUAUUGUAAAUAAUCUAUAGGAGGAAGGUAAGAGACACUAAACCCAAAAAUGCAGACAUGCUGUUGGCCACUGUUAAAGCAAUCUCUGUUUCCGCAACACUUCAGCAGACAGAGCCAUGCUGCAUUCAUGCACUAAUUCAUGUCAAAAAGAGUCCCGACCAAUAUUUAGUCAAUAUAUUGUACAGUGUAUGAAUAUACUUUUCAGCAAAACCUUUUUAAUUGGUUUUAUAUUCGUGUUGCUGACUGACAGAAUUUUGGAUUUUCAUUAACUGUAAACUAUGAUCGUCUAAAUAACCUCAAACCCUUAAAGUCUGUGUAAUGAAUCUGUAAAAUAUGUUUCACAUCUUAAAUUACUUAAAUAAAUUAACUUUGAUGAAGUUCAAGUGUAUUUUGAUGCACCUCUAUUAUGCUAAAGGUGGUAAUAAACUGCAACAGAAAUGUAACAUCUAUACAAACAAAUUGAAAUGUGGUUUCCAAAGGUUCUUUUGUCAUUUAAUUUCAGCCACAUUCUUUGCACUGAUAAAUAAUCUUUAAUGAGCACCUCUGCUCUCUUCAGGAUGUUUUUGUGUUUGUAAAAUAAUGUGUUGGUUUCUGUUCCUCCCAGUCCUGCUGUUCAAAUGAAUUUAAGGCCAGAUGUCAUUGAGGUCGGUUUUCAGAUGAUGCUGCAAAUGCUGUAUGAUGUCAUGCUUAUUUGAGGAAGUCGAUUGCUGAAUAAUUGAAAGCCUUGCCAAAAAAUGUGACAAAACUGGUUGAUUGUACAACAUAUUUCUCUUGAAUGGAAUGAUAAAUGCUUGGGCUGCAACUUAAACUCUGUAUAUUCCUUUGAAAUUGGUGUAGUCCAUGAAAAUGAACGAUCCAGAGGGAUCCGGCAUCCUUUUAUAUUUGCACUGAUUUCUGCUAUGACCUGUUGAAGUUGCUGUAUUUUACCCGAAUUUACCUUUAUAAUAAUUUCCCAGUUACACACCUGGCUGUUAUGAAAGCUAAAUAAAGUCCUCCUAUUUUCUGAAAUUGA